UGUCCUGGAAACCAAAGCAGCGGCGUCGGUGGGGUUAGAAGCGCGCGACACGCAGCUGACCGUUUUCCCCGCGUGGUCGCGGCGCUCCGGAACCUUCGAGGGUCCGACUAUUUCCUGGAACCACCAGAGUCACUUUGGGGAGCGCCAAAGCUCGUGGGCGCGCGGCUCGUGCUAGCUAAGCUAGCUGUUCGGCUAACGGAAGACUCCUGUUGCUUAUGUCACUAGCUGUGGAGGUCUUACCUGAGCCUCGGGUGAUCCGGGACCGCAUGUACGUCAUUCCUGUAUACCUGUUGUUGCUGCAGGAUUCAUUAAAGUCGUGGUGGGGGUUCAGAGAAGCCCCCCGUGAUCUGUUUCCAGGGUGUAGCCCCCCACUUCCGGUAUGAAACUAUUUUCUUGGCGGGAAUGAUACAGGUUAAGGUGCCGACAAUGCCGGCAGGUGAGAGGGAGGAGCGAGCAGAGAUCCGGGAAAGAGUCAGCGAUGCGUUCAGGACAUCCACAGGGUCCGGAAAGAAGAAGUCCAGGAAGAAGGCAGCAGAAACGGAUACAAUGGCGCUCCAGAAUCUGAUGAAAAACCUCCCUCCGGGGAGGGGCGCCAAAGACGACCGCACCACCCUGCAGAACCAGGGGGGGGAGGAGGCCAGGCAGCAGGAGCAGAACUGGAGGAGUAAAAGGGAGCUCCCCCCCCUCCCCGUCGGGGGGGCUUUGGAUCCAGAGGUGGGGGGCAAACGGAGAAGUCAGAGAAGCAGGAGAACCGCAGAGGAUGAAGACGGACUCCUGGAGGAGUAUGAGCGCGGCAUCGCUCAGGAGGAGGGGGGCAGAGGCAGCGGGAGGGGGCAAGACCACCCCCCCCAGAAGAACAGCAAGAAGAAACUGAGAGGGAGUCAGCAGGGAGGGGGCCCAAACCAGCAGGACUCCAGGGGGGGGUCCGAGGAGAAACCAGGGGGGGGCAGAGGCGAGGAGGACGGCCUGGUGUUGGGGGUGUUCGUCCACAGAAGCGACCCCCUCCGGACCGAUCUGCUGAUCUCACACCCCAUGGUGAAGAUCCACGUGGUGGAUGAGAGGACGGGCCAGUACGUGAAGAAGGACGAUCGCCGCCGGCCCGUCGUCUCCUUCUACGAGGGGGAGAACGUGGACCACGUCCUCCCCAUCAUGACGCAGCCCUUCGACUUCAGGAGGAGGAAGUCGGUCGUUCCCGAGUGGGAGGAGCAGAUCCUCUUCAACGAGCGGUUCGCCUACUUCCUGCAGCAGGACGACCGCAGCCCCAGAGUGCUGCUCCUGUUCGAGAUCCUGGACUUCAUGACCAUGGAGGAGGCACGGGCCAGCGUGGACGCCGACGGACACGAGCGCGGCUUCAGGAAGAUCGCCUGGGCGUUCCUGAAGCUGGUCGGUGCUAACGGAGUUCGGAACGUGGACAGUAAGCUCCGCCUCCAGCUCUUCUGCCCGCCCCCUCGGGCUAAAAGACAGCCUAAGAGCAUAGAGGUGUUCGAGUGGUGGAGGAAGUUCCCCAGGACCAAGUACGCCUCCACCCUGUACGUCACGGUGAGGGGAAUACAGCUGCCUGCUCACGUGGACCCCAGCGUGCGCUCCAUGAUGGCGUUACAGGAAGAGAGGGGCAGUUCCUCCUACAGCGAGCUGCAGAAGCAGGUCUCCCGCAGGACCCCCCCCCAAACUGCUGACAGCCGGCAGCCGGAACUCAGAUGGAGCCGUCUGCCCGGGCAGACCUGCCGCAUUCCCAACAAGCACGUCCUGAGCUUCCGGGGGGGUCACAUGGGCUGCUUCAGCGUGCUCUUCUCCAACGCAGGAACCAUCCUGGCUGCUGCCUGCGCAGACAGAGACGCCUUUCCUGUCGUAGUGUUUGAGAUUCCCUCUGGGAAGGUGUUAGCCGCCUUUAGCGGUCAUCUGAAAAUCGUGUACGACCUGUGCUGGUCCAGAGAUGACGGCCGCCUGCUGUCGGCCUCCUCCGAUGGAACAGUCAGAGAGUGGAAUGUGGAGAAGCUGCUGGGCACAGCCCAAAAGGUGCUGCCUCAUCCGGCUUUUGUGUACUGCUCUCGGUACCAUCCCCGCGCUCAGAACCUGGCGGUGACCGGGAGUUUUGACUGCCUGGUUCGCGUGUGGAGGCUGGACGUCAGCGACGUGAACGGGGAGCUGCUGCAGGAGUUUGACGGCCACAGCAGCUUCAUCAACAGCAUCUGCUUCGACUCAGCCGGAUCACGAAUGUUUUCUGCUGACAACGGCGGUCUCAUCAUGGUAUGGAAGACGGCGAUGAGUGAGGACAGACAGCAGCAGUCGUGCUCUCACUGGUGUACGGAGAAGAAGUUGGAGGAGGCGGAGCUCCGAGGAGUUCCCAUCAAUACGCUGCAGUUGCAUCCAAACGGGCGCUGCCUUUUCGUGCACGCUAGAGACAGCGUGCUCAGGAUGAUGGACCUGCGGAUUCUGGCAGUGAAGAAGUUCUCUGGAGCCACCAACUACAGGGAGAGGAUCUGCGGCGCCGUGACCCCCUGCGGGACCUGGAUCUUCUCUGGCAGCGAGGACGGGAUGGCGUACGUCUGGAACGUAGAAACAGGCGACCAGGUGGAGGUCUACUCUGAACUGGGCUACUCCAGCGCCGUGCAUGCUGUCGCCUUCCACCCCCACGAGAACAUGGUGGCGUUCUGCGCGUUUGGUCAGGGCCAGCCUGUGCACGUGUACCUGUACGACCACAAAGGUCCCCAGCCAGAGCUGCAGAGUCUGAAGGUGGCCAGCAGGUCAGCGUCGGAGAUGGGGACGCUCAGGAACACCCCUGACCCCCCCGUGGGCGUGGAGGCGGCGCGGCGUGCACUGAAGCUGCAGAGCGUCCGGCAGCGGCUGGACUCGGUUCUGGGACAGGUCUCUUCAGCCACCCCCCACGGUCAGGGCGGAGCCACAGAGGGACACACCCCCUAUCUGUUUGCAGAGGGGCGGGACCUCGUGUCAGACAGCAGCGCUGUGGGGUUCAGCGCCACGCAGCCCCCCCCUCCUCCAGCGGAGGGGCGGACCCCCCCAGCAGGGCGCGGCUGGGGGGUGAGUCCGGACGGUCUGCUCCCCCCAGGACCGUGUGAGCCAAUCCCGACGCUUUCAGGAGGCUUUCAGGGGGCGGCGGCCUCCGUGCAGCAGGUGGCUUCGCCCCCCCGUGUGCAGGUGGUGUCCCUCUUCGACUACAGAGCCAGUCGCUCGGACGAGCUGAGUCUGCGGCGCGGUGAUGUCAUCCAAGUGCUGUUCAAGGACAACCAGACGUGGUGGUUUGGGCGUCUGCACGGCGGCCUGCAGGGCUACUUCCUGUCUGCUUACGUGGUGGAUCAGAGAGACUUCAGAGACCGGAACACGGAGGCGCUGCCGGCUGAGGAGACCACCGCCCGCUCCACUCCCACUCGGGUCUCUGCAGCUGUCAGCUCCUCUGGAGAACUCCGGUUCCUGUCCGAACCCACUCUCUCAGAUACUGAACCAGAGCUGACCGACACCAGAACCAGAAGAAAGAAGAAGGUGAAGAAGCCCGGAGUUCCUGUGGCUUCAUCCCAGAUUCCUGACCCAGAACCUUCUGGGUUGACCAGAACCACGAGAGGCCGACCUCUGCCCAAGAGACCAACGGGGAGGUCCAACAGCGGCUUUGAAGGCGACAUGUGAACUUCUGGACAAACCCAGAGAACCGUUCCGAUCCGUGGCCCGGUCUGGUUCUGCUGGUGACCCGAUACAGCGUUACUGCUGCGGUAGAACCGUGUCAGAAUAGUGUCAGACACAUCCACGUCUCAGAACAUUCUGUUCAGAAAAACGUUUUAUUUUGUACAACUUAACAGUAAAAUCUACCAACAAAGG